AUGGCGAGCACAUCGGAACCUGCCUCUUCACCGGAAACUGAAAGCGAGCAAUUAAUUCGUCGUACAUCCAAACGAAGAACUCUCAAUCCUGAACACUCCGCGCAGAUCGGGGAGUCAAGUAGAUCGGCUUCCAAAGUCCCGCCUCACCUGGUUCGCUGUUCAACGGGAGCCUCUUCUUCUCAGGUGAAUCCAACCUUGCCAUCGUCAGUUCGUCACGAGGCUGAGACCAACGAACUGAUUUCGGACGUAUUUGCGCUAGAAGAACAUCGGUUCGCACCCUUGGGAUUUUCAAUCGAAGAUAUCGACCCCUUGUUUGACCAUGAAGGACGGAUUGGAGGCGAGAAGAGUUCGAGUUCGAUCAAAACUGUGAAUGAUAUGCUAAACUCGUGCGGUUUAUUCAAUAGCAACGUCACAAUUUUAAUUCCUCGAGAAGAUCAACGCCCCUGGAGCCCCCCGGAAGGGUAUGUAUGCUUAUACGAGGGUUAUUUUACCGAGUGUCGCCUCAUAUUCCCAAUCCCGGAGUUGGUUUCAAUCUAUGCCGAAAGACGGAUGAUAGCGAUCUCGCAGUUCGUACCCGGAGCCAUUUGUAACUUCAUGGCUGCCCUGACCAUAGCAGCCGAAGUCGGAGUCGACCUUAGAGUUCAAGCUUUCGAACAGCUAUCAAGUUUCAAGCAAUCGAAGAGUUCGAAUCGCUGGGAAGUGAACAUGAGACCGGCUCAUAAUUUCCUCCGCAGCAAACGAGUGAAUAAAUUCCCGAAGUAUACGAACCAAUACUUCUUCGUCCGCGUCGACCAAUAUUCAUUCGCUAACCCGUUGGGUUUUCACCGGAGAGUGUGGAAUGAAAAUCCUGAUCGUCCGUUUUGUGCAACGCGCCUAGCUCCGAACUAUAUCCUCGUCAGAGACGCUCUGCUAACCGGGAACAAUCGUCAGUGGGAUUCAAUCACUCGUAUCCGUGUCAAAACUGCAAUGGGCAAAGGUAGGACGAAUUUUCCAAGUUUUGCCAGUUCGCUAAGACGAACUGGCGGAUGCCGCGUCAUGGAAGCAAAAGACGUCCAGAUUGUUCGCCGAGACACCCAAGCUGCCAUUGAAGCCGAGAUCGGUCCGUCCCAGGGUCUAACCGAAGUUGAUCCUACCCCAGACCAGACGGUCGCCGACCCUAUUCAGGCACUCGGAGAGGAUAUCGAGCCAUCCAACGUUGUAGAGGAAAACGCCCUUCCUUUGGCUUUAGAAAACGCCAAUCCACCGAACGAAGAACAAGACGUUCCUCAACUCGAAGCUGGAUCUAAAAGGAGGAAGAAGAAGAACAAAGACAAACAAAUCGUUGCUGAGCCAACCACCGAUGCGCGUCCGUUACCGAGUCGCAAGCGUUCGGCCGAUGAAGCCGGACUGGAGUCCGCCGAUCGAUUUCGCCUUGAAAGAAAGGAUGACAAGACGAAUCACUUCGCCUAUAACUACUUCGGCGAGUAUCCCUUGGUGUCCAAUCGCGAGGCUUCGGGCGAGCUUUUCCGGACCCUGAAGAUUUCCAACCGAAUUGGAAUUCAAGAGCUUCAAACUGACGUAGAUUCUUUGAAUGCACAGACUGCCGCCAAGAUGAAUGCGCUGGUUCAGAAAUAUGAUAGGCAAGUCAAAACCAGCAAGAAUUCGGGUUCGGAGCUCGAAAAAGUGAAGGAAUGCAUAGAGCAAAUCCGAACUGCCAGCGACGCUAAGGACGCGAGGAUCAAGGAACUCGAGGCGCUCGUUGCCGAGAAAGAUGGCAUCAUUGCCAACACGGAACUGAGAGUUAGCGAACUGAACUCCCGAGCGCUUACUCUAGAAGAAGAGAAAGCCGAGCUGCAGGAAUCAUGCGACGGGUUGAAGUUGCAGCUUGCUUUCGAAGUUAAAAGGCUUCGGACGGAUCGAUGGGAGAAAGUGGAGCGGACAGCGAAGAAAGCGCAGACCCGAUUAGACAAGGUCAGGGCCUAUCUAGUCGAACAAGUGAAGGUUCGCCCCCUAGAAGAUCUGCUGAACCAAGCCACCGGAGUACAGGAAGCUGUACAAUAUUUGGUUGAGAAUGGGGCCGUCAUUCCUGAAGAGCGAAUCAAGGAGAUUGACGAGAAAAAGGCCGAAGCCGAGAAGACUGUCACGGCAAUCGAUGUCCUCGAGCUGAAUGACAAUGACCUUAAUAUGUCACCGGACCAGCUCGGUUUUGGAUUUCCCCCCCCGGAGAUGACGGCUCCGGAAUCCGUCGAACACCCAUUCGGUUCGAACGCCGCGAGUUUCCAAGCAGAUCUGUCUGGUGCCUUGGACGUUGAAAAUUGA